CAAUCCAAUCCGCGUUUUCGAUGUAUGUUUCUAUGUUGGAUGCGUGUAUUGUUCUUGAUUUUUGUAUGUAUCUAUGUGAUGAAGGAAAAAUUAGGGUUGCUGUAAAACCUUUCCCCCUCUUCUUCUCUGUUUGAAAAUAAUAAAAUGAUCUGGUAGUCACAGGACCACCACAAAGAAUACACCCUCACACCAUUAACACUAACACUUUCCCUUAAUCUGGAUCAUGGAUAUCAAUCAUGCCAAGCUUGGAUACAAUUUCAACAAGAUGGGUCCCAGAGCUUUGGUGAAAAUUUCAGGUAACCGGUCUUUUGAAGACAAAUGAGGGGUGCGGAUGAUGCCGCGGACACUAGCUUCUUACGAACAAAGCGACAAUCAACUUCAAUGUUCUGAGUGCGCUCAUGAAAGAUUGGGUUGGCGGCAAUGUGGAUGGUUCAAUAUCAUGACACUAAGUGAGGCAGGCUUGCGAAAGAAAGUGAAAAUAUUGGAGUUACAGGAAUCGGAGAAGAUUAAACUUAGUCCUGAUUUUCUGUCUAAACUUGAUUCAUUGCUUCAUGAUGCAUAUGGCGUUCUGCGUCCAAGACCAAAUGAUUACAAACUUAGACAGGACUUGGUUCAGGUUUUUAAUAUGAUGGUGGGGGAGAUCCAUGGUAAUGUCAAUGGCUUUCCUAAUGUGGAGGCAUUUGGGUCUUUUAUAAUGGAUAUGUUCACUGCUAAAAGUGAUUUGGAUUUAUCUAUAAACUUCAGCAAUGAUGCAGCUGAAUUUCCUCGGGACAAGAUGAUUUCAGCAUUGAAAAAGUUCGCAAAACGGCUAUACGUCCUUCAGAGAGGAGGGCAUGUGGUUGGUGUCCAACCAAUCAUGGGAGCUAGGGUGCCUAUUUUGAAAGUUGUGGAUUCUGGAACUGGAAUUGAAUGUGAUAUUUCGGUUGAAAACAAGGAUGGGAUUGCAAGGUCCAAGAUCCUUGCAAUGGUUUCAACAAUUGAUGAGAGGUUUCAGAAAUUAAGUUUUCUGAUGAAAGCUUGGGGGAAGGCACAUGACAUCAAUAGCUCCAAAGACCGGACUUUGAACUCUUUAUCCAUAAUAUCAUUAGUUGCUUUUCAUUUGCAGACUCGAGACCCUCCAAUAUUACCUCCUUUCUCUGCCCUGUUCAAAGAUGGAAUUGACAUCACAAAUUUGGAGAAUGUUGUUCGGGGUUAUCAACAAUUUGGGAAAGAAAACAAGGAGUCCUUGGCCAAACUCUUUGUUACUCUAUUGAUUAAGUUAUCGUCGGUUGAAACCUUAUGGCCCCAUGGUCUUUGUGUUAGCACUUACCAAGGAUCUUGGAUUUCUAAGACAUGGAACUCUCAAGUUGCCAACAUGAGUGUGGAGGAUUUCACGGAUCAAUCUCAAAAUACUGCGAGAUCAGUGGGCAAGGCAGAGGUGCAGAAGAUUCACAAGUGCAUCCAUGUUACUCUUGGUCGGUUGUCAUCUUUUAUGAAGGGCCAGAUUCAGGUUCCCCAGAUGAAACAACUCCUGUUUGGACCUGAUGCCGUUCUUACACCAGGAGAGCCAUUCAUCAACAGCGCCGCUACGAAUAUGAAGAGAAGCUAUCUCUCCCGUGAUUCAAAACCAACAAAGAAGAUGCGCUAUACUGAAUCUGCAAGAUCAACCAAAUUUGUUGAUUGGUCGCAAUUUCUCCCAAGUGGAGGUGACGGGCCACAUGGUCCGAAUCUGGCAACUCUGAUGCCUUGCAACCAACAAGAGCAUAUACCUACCGGGGACAACUACACUGCAGAACAGUGGGGCCAUUGGCCACAGAAAGGAUUGCAACAGCCUCAAAGAGGACCUGAGGGGUCACAUGGUCUGAAUCCAACGGUUCUGAUGCCUUGUAACAUCCCUACGGUUGAGAAUCAGACUUUAGGACAGUGGCCCCAAUGGCCACAAAAAGGAUUACAACACCAUCCAACAGGGCAUGACAUGUCACAUGGUCCAAAUCCAACAGCUCUGGUGCCUUGUAAGAUCCCUACGGUUGACAAACGGACUUUAGGACAGUGGCCCCACAUGUUCCAAAAUGGAUUGCAACACACUCCAACAGGAUUCGUGGGGAAGCAUGUUCUGAAUCCAAUGGUUCAGAUAACUUACAACUGGCAGGGGCCCGUUCCAACAGGAGGCAACCAUCAUGGCGGACAGUGGCCGCAACCAGGAGCACAACAUAUUCCAAACGGAUUCGUGGGGUCACAUGGUCCAAGGCCAAUGGCUCAGAUGCCUUACAGUGUGCAAGGACACUUCCCAGCAGGGUACAGCCAGAGUGUAGGACAGGGGGCCUACCUCUAUUCUAAUGGUCAUUUGUAGGGUUAUCGUCAGUCAUGCCAUUUUGAUCCACCCAUCUCUUCGGCCAUGUAUAUAUGCUCGGUAUAGCCAACUCCCAAGCCAAACGAACAGUCGUGGGCCGCACGAAGAUUUCUCGAUUACUCUCAUCAACACUAAAGGUCAGCUUACAUUAACCGUCCCUCCUACUUGAUGGUACUGAUUUUCAUGCUGUCGGAAUGUUAAUCUUGUCUUGAUGGUAAUAUAGCAAGCGGAAUGAUCUGGUGUAUAGCAUGUUCGUCGGGCGUACAAUCAUGAUCGGAAGGCUGUGGUAAGUUCCUGGAAUCUUCUACUAGGUAGUGGUGGGGCCCACCAGAGAGCUCACACAAGAGCAUGCUACAUAUUAUACACGGUGUCCUUUGUUACCAUUUGUUUUAUACCAGAUUACACUAUUCAUUAUAUAUAGUUCAGGUCAUUAGCAGAAAAUCCAUUUUGCCACUUUCAUUUGAGUUCCAGUUCAUCUCA